GUGAAUAGUAAAGCAAAACGUCAACAAAAGGGUGUCUCAUCUGCAUUUCGUUUCCAUACGUUAGGUUUUUCGCGUUAAAAAGUGGCAAAGCAAUGCUCACGGACUACGAAGAUGAUUUCUUUUUCGAAGAAGACAAAAUCGAGCGUCCGCCGACACCGUCCUUAAUAACGUUUGCUGACCCAAGCAAUGUGGGCGACGGAGUAGCGCAGGACGGGCGGCUAUCGCCUCUCAAAACGGACAGCGCUGGAGCCAAGGAGGAUGGGGAAACAGAAGUGUUAGAGAAGGAGUUGUCUGUUUCGGAUGAGCCGGCGAGCGUGGUGAGCGAUGAGCCUGAUCCAGUUCUGUAUGCGGGGCCUAGUCAAGGAGAUCUGGACGAGCGAAGAGCUUACAAUUGCCAACUGAUCGAAUUGGAGCGCUUGGGCAUGACCGUUACAUCUGGAUCAGUACUAAUCAAAAAGGACCAAACAAACCUAAUCGGGAUUAGCAUUGGAGGUGGCGCUCCCUUGUGUCCAUGCCUUUAUAUAGUUCAGGUUUUCGACGGGACACCUGCCGCCCGGGAAGGAACCUUACAGAGUGGCGACGAACUUCUAGGAGUGAAUGGUGUCUCAGUGAAAGGUAAAACGAAGGUGGAGGUCGCUAAAAUGAUCCAAGCAGCCACUGAUGAAGUAACUAUUAACUACAAUAAACUGCAUGCUGAUCCAACCCAAGGAGAGUCUUUAGAUAUUGUCCUGAAAAAACUAAAGCAUCGUCUGGUAGAGGCCAUGUCGGCCAGUACAGCAGACACCCUGGGCCUAUCACGUGCCAUCCUUUGCAACGAUUCCUUAGUUAAACGUCUACAAGAGCUAGAAGCCACAGAACAAAUGUACAAAGGACUGGUGGAUCAUGCCAAACGUAUGCUCAAAGCGUAUUUUGAUCUGCUACAAACCUUUCAAGCAUUCGGCAACGUAUUCGCGGCGAUAAGCGUCCGUGAACCACAACCUCGAGCAUCCGAAGCAUUUCGAAUAUUUGGCGAAAUACAUCGUGCUAUGGAGAAGGAUGGCGUCAAGAUGCUCAAAACAAUAAAACCUGUCCUAUCCGACUUAGGCACAUACUUAAAUAAAGCCAUCCCCGACACAAAAAUGACAAUUCGAAGAUAUGCCGAUGCCAAAUUCACAUACCUGUCCUAUUGCUUGAAAGUAAAAGAAAUGGACGAUGAAGAACACAGUUACUGUGCUCUCCAAGAACCACUCUACCGAGUCGAAACCGGCAACUAUGAAUAUCGGUUGAUUCUGCGCUGUCGACAGGAUGCACGCGCGAGAUUUGCAAAACUUCGAAAUGAUGUUUUGGAGAAAAUGGAAUUACUGGAAAGCAAACAUGCUCGUGAUUUGGCGACACAACUGAAGAAAUUCGUUGAAGGGCUAGCCACAUUGGGCACAGAAACAGUUGCUCAUCUACGGGAAUACCCGAAUCUGUUUCCCGUUGAGGUUGAUCUGAAAGAAAGUGCAUUCCAAUAUAAAUUGAAUGAAAUGUUCCAUUUUGAUGAAGAUGGUAUCGAUGAAAUUGGUUCGGUUGAAGAAGCGGCAGAAGUGACGGUUGAAAAUGAUAGAAAGAAAUCAAAUGCUGAUGGAAAAAUUGAUAAUUUAAUUCCAGGAUUUGAAGAAAUCGAUUUAAAUUCUUCAAUGACGGAGAACACGGCUUUGCUCGCGGAAUUGGGUUUGACCGAUAUUGACUUGUCGGCUAAUAGGAAUGACAUGCAAUUUUUAUCUAAUAAUGAAAAUUUGUUACAGUGAUUCUAAUGUUUUUGAGUGUAUUUCAUGAAUAUAUUGAAAAUAUAUAUAUUAAAUCAAUUUA